UCGCCAUGACGACGCCGUGACAGCGAGGGCGCGCGACUCGCAGAACCGGCUGAGCAGCCGGGGCGCGGCGCACGGAGCUCGCGGGCCGGUGGGCGGCGCAGCGCGGAGGGGACGAGCUCCGGGCCCGGCGCCAGGCCAGCUGCCACCGCCUCAGCAUGGAGAGUCCUGCUAGCCCCAGCACUGGAGCGCUGCCCUACUAUGUGGCUUUCUCCCAGCUGCUGGGCCUGACUGUGGUGGCUGUGACUGGCGCUUGGCUCGGCCUGUACCGAGGUGGCAUUGCCUGGCAGAGUGCCCUGCAGUUCAAUGUGCACCCCCUGUGCAUGGUCAUAGGCCUGGUCUUCCUGCAAGGAGACGCCCUGCUGGUCUACCGCGUCUUCAGGAAGGAGGCCAAACGCACCACCAAAGUCCUGCACGGGCUGCUGCAUGUCUUUGCUCUCAUCACCGCCCUGGUGGGCCUGGUGGCGGUGUUCGAUUACCACAGGAAAAAGGGCUACGCGGACCUGUACAGCUUGCACAGCUGGUGUGGCAUCCUCGUCUUCAUUCUCUACUUUGCGCAGUGGCUGGUGGGCUUUAGCUUCUUCCUGUUCCCGGGAGCGUCGUUCUCUCUGAGGAGCCGAUAUCGCCCCCAGCACACCUUCUUCGGUGCCUCCAUCUUCGUUCUCUGUGUGGGCACAGCCCUGCUGGGCCUGAAGGAGGCGCUGCUGUUUCAACUCGGGGCCAAGUACAGCACGUUUGAGCCUGAGGGCGUCCUGGCCAACGUGCUGGGCCUGCUGCUGAUCAGCUUUGGCGUGGUCGUGCUCUACAUCUUGACUCGCUCCGACUGGAAGCGCCCCCACCAGGCUGAAGAACAGGCGCUCUCCAUGGACUUCAAGACACUGACGGAGGGCGACAGCCCCAGCUCCCAGUGACAGGCUGCGCUGGGCCCGCGGGAAGGGAGGGCCCAGCUGUGGGGGCCUCCUCGGGCCGGGGUCGAUAGGCGUCUGUCGCACAGCCUCUGGGGCUGCUGGUGGAUUCCCGGCUCCGGGGUGCUGGCCGGAGUGGGGGAGGGGGCAGGACGGAGGUGGGGGGGUGUUGCGUAGCAAGCCACUCUGAGCAGUGAUUUCUGGGCUGUAGGGCUUGACCACCUCUGCUUCCUCCUCCUCGCUGCUGCUUUAGUGUCCUGUUAGUCACGUGUAGGCCCCUGCCUGUGUUGUCCCUGUCACUUCCUCAAAUGGAGCAGCUUUGCACAGGUGUUUGGGUGGUCAGUUCUGGUCACAGAAACUCUGACCCCUAAAGGAGACAGAGAGCGCUCCCGCCCCCCCACCAUGGAGGCAGCUGGUGCUGGGCCGAGUCCAAGGGCUGCGGGAGAAACCUGGAGCCCCAGUAACAGGCCUGGCAAAGUCAAGACUUGCUUUGUGUGACUAAAUUCAAACCAGGAGUCUCACGAGCCUGGGCCACACGUGGUCCGAAUGGGCCGGGUCUCUGGCCGUGGAGCAAGUGAUGUUAUGUGUAAACUAUGUUGGUGUUCAGAGCCAGGUCCCCCCCGCAGAGGGGAGGGACUGGCCCCUGGGAGGCUCUGGAGAUGUGGCUUUGGCCCAGCUGUGCUCUUGAGCCUUCCCUUCCUUUAACUCUUUGGCCCCCAGACGGCUUUGCUGGGAGAGGGAGGAGGUGGCUGUCUGUGUGUAGGCCAGUGUGGGUGGUGGCUUACUUUGCGGCUGGGCCUGUGGUUCCCAUUGUCCCCACCCUCACGAGCCAGGGCAGACACUACUCUGAUCAGAGGCUGACGACACAAACCUUUUUUAAAAUGAAAAGCUGCUCCACUUGCCCCCUCACUCUUUCGAUGGGGAAGGUGAAGGCAGGGUGGGCUGCCUUGUUCUGUUCAGGAGGCCAGCCUCACCUGCCCGCCCUGACACGGCCCUUCUCUGCGGGAUGUUGGGACUGAGUCCAAAUCACAUUGAUCCCCCAACCCCACACGUGGGUUGUGUUGUCGGCUGAGUCACUGCUUGGCUUCAGCUUAGAAAUAACGUGGUCAUGGCAUUGACCUUGUGUGUCUUGGACUUGGAAAAUGCUCUCUCCUUGUUUUCCUUGCUUUGUGGGCUUUGGGGAACAUGACAUAUUCAAGACAUACGGUUUACGUAAAUGAAGAAAUUAGUAACAUUUCCAAAUCUGACCAUCCCUUUUUUUAACAGUUGCCUUUUUCACAGCUACACGCUGCCUUAGAGAAAGGGGCUAGUCUCUGCCGCUCGGAUCUGUAAUGCUCAGCAUUGGCCCUGGGGCCUGCCUCAGGCCCUUGUGCUUCUCAGCAGGUGGCUGUGGUCCAGCGCCCUCCUCCUCGGGGCACUGGGCUGCCCAGGCUCCUACCCAGCCUCUCCGGGCUCCCCUGCGUCUUGCCUGAUGAGGGUGUUGGCUCGGUUAGACUGCACUCGGCAGGAGUGUCAUUGAUUCUUUCGUCACCUGGUACACACUUGUGCAAUCCAAUGUUUACAUGUGAGAAAACUCCACCUUACACAAACUACCAAAGUACAAUUGUGGGUCCCCUUUGCCAGAAUGCCACAUAGAGAAAUGAAACCUCAGGUUUGCAAUAAAAGUCUGUCAACUGAUCUGUUUGCCAAAGUGGAUGUUGGAUGACUAAGCAGCAAAAAAAGCCUCAGAAAGCUGAUCCGUGGUGGUUUAUUUUAUUUUGCCUGUGACCAGUCUUUUCUGAAAUACAAUGUAGUGUUGAUGCAACAGAUGAUUUAAUAAAUGCCUACAGCAGAUGUC